AUGAUUAUUUUCGAGGAUCGCAUUACCGGCGCUGAGCUUUGCUCUGAUGCUUAUGAUAUGACUCUUGUUGACGAUGCUGUCUACGAAGUUGACGCUCAACUGAUCACUGUUAAGGAAGGUGACGUUGACAUUGGUGCUAACCCUUCUGCUGAGGGUGGUGACGAAGAUUUUGGAGAGGAAAGUGGCGAACAGAUUAUCAACAUUGUCCGCUCUUUCAACCUCCAAAGCAUUCCUGCUUAUGACAAGAAGGCUUAUCUUAGUGAACUUAAGAAAUACUUCAAGAGACUUUCUGGUGUUUUGGAGGCUGAGGAAUUCAAUGAUUUCAAGAGCAAGGCUACCGCAUAUGCUACCAAGGUUGCUAAGAACAUCAAGGACUACGAUUUUUACAUUGCUGAGGACUUGAACCCUGAUGGUAUGAUCGUUCUUUGCAACUACCGUGAAGAUGGUGUUACUCCUUACUUUGUUUUCUGGAAGGCCGGUCUUAAGGGACAGAAGGUUUAA